CCACGUGCAGCAGCUGGUAGCUCUGGAUGCAAACCGACGAACAGAGCUAUUGAAUUACUUUUUUCAUCCAUUUAUUACUAAAGUUUAGUGAUAAUUUGUGCAAAUAUUUGGAAAUAAUAAAGUGAAAAUGGGUAAAAAAGUGUAUAACGCGAAAGCCCGCCAGAAUCCCAAAACGCUGGUGGAUAAUUCGACAGUGAAAGAUAUCAAAAUCGAAUGGGCUGAGAGUGCUGCGGAAGCAGGUGCUGGUUAUGAUGAAGCUAAUGCGCUGGUAUUACCCUCGCAGAAGCGUACCACGAAGGUGCCGGUGGACAAACAACAACACGUAAAAAUUCUAUCGAAAAAACAACGCAAGCAUUUGCAACAAAUUGUGGACAAAAAGAAAAAGAAGGAAGGCCGUGCUGAACUGUUGCAAGCUUUGGCCAGCGUACAAGUGCCUGAGCACGAGCUGAAGCAAUACACGUCCAUCAGUCAGGUGCAGACGGUGGGCGUUAAGAAAUUACAAACACUCGAAGAGGUGCUAGCAAAGAAGCAACAGCGGCAAAUAGAGCAAGGAAGCAACGCGGUAGUGCGCAAAAUAAGCUCAAUCAAAGGCGCAGCAAAGCGCAAGUUGCUGAUCGAAGAUGAAGAGGCGCUGGCGGCAAAGAGACGUGAUCCUAACGUGGUUUGCCUGGAGGAGGGUGGAGAUAGCGGAAGUGAUACCGAGAGUGACAGCGAAAGUGAGGGGGACGUUGAAACAAAUAAUGUAAAUGAUAAAAAAGCUACGGAGGAAAUGAAAAAUAAAAAUGUGGACGAUUCGAAGGCAACAACUAUGGAAGCUACCACGCAAGAGGAAGAGCCCACAACAUCCACGAAAACAACAGAGAAAGAUGGUGCGAAAACCAGAAACGCAACACUGCUCACUAAGCCCGUUGUUCCACCGCGUCAUUCAAUUUUUGUUCCCGUGCAUCGCGUAGCAGAUGUACAGGAGGCACGUCUUAAUCUGCCGAUCUUAGGUGAGGAACAAGAAAUUAUGGAAACAAUUAAUGAAAACCAAAUCAUAAUUGUGGCUGGCGAGACGGGUUCGGGCAAGACUACGCAAAUACCACAAUUUCUUUACGAAGCCGGCUUCGCGCUGAAUAACAAAAUGAUUGGCAUUACCGAACCGCGUCGUGUGGCCGCUAUUGCUAUGUCUAAGCGUGUGGCGCAUGAAAUGAACUUGUCCCAGCAGGAUGUAUCCUAUCUGAUACGUUUUGAGGGUAAUGUCACGCCCCAGACUCGCAUCAAAUUCAUGACUGAUGGUGUGUUGCUGAAAGAGAUCGAGAGUGAUUUUCUACUGCAUCGCUACUCGGUGAUAAUAUUGGAUGAGGCGCACGAGCGAAGUGCCUAUACCGACAUACUGGUGGGACUGUUGUCACGUAUUGUGCCUUUGCGGCAGAAACGCGGUGAUCCGCUUAAGUUAAUUAUUAUGUCUGCGACGUUGCGGGUGGAGGAUUUUAUUGGCAAUGCAAAGCUGUUUAAAUAUCCGCCGCCACUAAUAAAAGUAGAAGCGAGACAGUUCCCUGUGACUGUGCAUUUUCAGCGGUACACGCCAACGGAUUAUGUGCAAGAAGCAUAUAGAAAAACUGUGAAAAUACAUUCAAAAUUACCAGAGGGAGGUAUUUUGGUGUUCCUUACGGGUCAGCAGGAGGUAAACGCGCUGGUAAGAAAGCUGCGAUGCACGUUUCCAUAUAUCAAAAAGAAUGAUCCAAAGAAGGCUGCAGAAAAAGGAAACGAUGUUGAUGGAUUGAAAACUUCAAAGAACGAAGAAGAAAGUAAAGAAAAACUUACAGAGAAAUCAGGACAAGUGAAGGAAGAGUCAGAACUAGUAGUUGAAAAUUUGGAAGAGCAUGCCGAGUCCACUGCAGAACCUACCGCUGACGACUCCGACAUCGAGUUCGAUAUGAAACGUGCCAUACGCAGCGUGAAGAAGUCGAAGAAGAAAUUCAUGUCACAAAUUGCGCUACCGAAAAUCAAUCUCGACGACUACAAACUGCCCGGCGAUGAUACAGAGGCCGAUCUGCACGAAGCCGACAAUAGCGACUCGGAAGCCGAAAAUGGUUCAGAUAUGUCCGAGGAUGAAGACGACGUCGACGGUGACGAGAAUACAGCAGCGCACAUUGCCGCCACCAAACAACCGCUCUGGGUGUUACCUCUCUAUUCGCUGCUCUCGCCGGAAAAUCAGAAUCGCAUAUUUCAACCGCCUCCCGAGGGCUGUCGCCUCUGCAUAGUUAGCACAAAUGUGGCUGAGACGUCGCUCACUAUUCCAAAUAUCAAAUAUGUGGUGGAUAGUGGUCGCCAAAAGACGCGCAUCUACGACAAAAUUACAGGUAUCAGCGCAUUCGUCAUCACUUAUACCUCUAAAGCAUCAGCGGAUCAGCGCGCUGGUCGCGCGGGUCGUGUAAGUGCCGGUCACUGUUAUCGUCUAUACUCGAGCGCUGUUUACAAUAACGAGUUCUUGGACUUUAGUCAACCAGAUAUACAGAAGCGGCCGGUAGACGAUCUUAUGCUACAGAUGCGCUGCAUGGGCAUCGAUCGUGUCGUGAACUUUCCUUUCCCUUCACCACCGGACACGGUGCAGCUGCAAGCGGCCGAACAGCGCUUGGUGGUUCUUGGCGCGUUGGAGCGCAUUGACGAGGUGAAGAAUGGCAAAGAAUUGCCGCCGAUAGUCACCAAACUAGGCAAAGUUAUUUCGCGUUUCCCUGUUGCGCCACGCUUUGGCAAAAUGUUGGCACUCUCGCAUCAGCAACAAUUGCUGCCAUACACUGUCUGCCUAGUGGCAGCGCUCUCAGUGCAAGAAUUGCUAAUGGAAGUGGGCGCGAGUGAGCAUGCUGAAGAUGGCGAUGAUGGCAACACAUUCGCGCACAACAAAUGGCAAAAGAAGCGCAUCAGCUGGGCUUCUACGGGUAAUUUUCAGCUGCUCGGUGAUCCCAUGGUGCUGCUACGCGCGGUGGGCGCUGCAGAGUAUGCAGGUUCGCAGGGCAAGCUAGCGCAGUUCUGUGCUGAAAAUGGGUUGCGCCCAAAAGCGCUAACGGAAGUGCGCAAACUGCGCAUACAGCUCACCAACGAGAUCAAUUUGAAUGUAACCGGCGUGGACUUGUACGUGGAUCCGGCGAUGCCACCACCCUCCGAUGCGCAAGCGCGUUUCUUGCGACAAAUACUUCUUGCCGGCAUGGCAGAUCGCGUAGCGCGAAAAGUACCCCUUUCCGAAAUAGCCGAUAAGGAGGAGAAAAGGCGCCUUAAAUAUGCCUACAACUGUGCGGAUAUGACAGAACCCGUUUUCAUGCACUCCUCCUCAGUUUUGCGCGCGCAACUGCCCGAAUGGGUUAUCUUUCAGGAGGCGUACGAGACGCAGCAUGGUGACGGUACCAAGAUGUUCAUGCGGGGCAUCACCGCCAUCGAUCCGGAAUGGUUGCUUUUAUAUGCGCCGCUGCUUUGCAAUAUACGCACCGUUAAAGAAGAGCCAAUGCCGCGCUACAAACAGACAGACGGAAAGGUGUAUUGCUUUGUGGACGCGGUAUUCGGCAAGGCGGGCUGGGAGUUGCCGCUAACCGAGAUGGAAAUGCCGGAGGGCGAGAAGGCUUACAGCUACUUUGGCGUUUUUCUGCUCGAUGGUCAAGUUUGCCCAGCAUUGGCUGCCUACAAAACGAAGCUGAAGGCUACGCCGCCAUCGCUGGUGAAGAGUUGGUCCAAUCUAAACGAGAGCGUGGUACGUUUCAAACGUGCCCUCAUCAACAAACAGAUAAACUCACGCGACAAAUUGCAUGCUGAGUGGGCGCGAAAUCCUAACUUUCUGCUUGAGGAAUACCAAAAUAUGCUCUAUAACGUCGCGCUCGCGGAAUUGUCCCCGAAGUGGCCGCCGUUGAAGAGUUGAACGUAAAUAAAACGUUUUUGGAGCCUUAAUCGCAUUGCUAUUUAAUUGUAAUCGAAAUAAUGUGUAAUGUUUCUUCUUCAUUUGUAUAAUCCAUAUAAAAUAC